UAUUUAAUAAAGGCAACGAAGUGAUUUACUCUGUCUGUGAAGAAGUCUUACCUGUAUUCUUAAACUAAGUGUUCUUGGAUCAUGCAGCAUCCACUGAAGAAGUGAUCAAAAGGACAAAGGUGUCAAUUUGUUGUCAUCAUACCACGGCGGACAUGGACUAUCUCCAUAACGAAUCGUGGACAAACGUGACUUUAGAUGCAUCUGCCUCAUCAUUCAGUGGACUGCAGCUCCUGAUGGACCUGAAGCCACUCUUCAUCCCUUUGUAUGCCAUGCUCGUCCUGGUAGCUUGCUCUGGAAAUCUUCUCCUCCUCAUCCUCAUCGGACUGAACAAGAAACUUCACAGCACUACAAACUUCCUCAUCGGUAACUUGGCCCUGGUUGACCUGGUUAUGUGCCUGUUCUGCGUUCCUCUGACUGCGUUUUACGCCUUUGAUGAGCGUGGUUGGGUUUUUGGCCAGUUUAUGUGUCAUUUUGUUACCCUGAUGCAGACCGCGACCGUGUUUGCAGCAGUUCUGUCAUUAACUGCCAUUGCGGUGGACCGAUACGUGGUGGUCGCAUACCCGAUUCGCCGUCGCGGAGGUCGUUCCUUCUGCGGGUGGUUGGUGGUCAGCAUAUGGCUCUGUGCGUUAGCAAUGUCCACCCCAACAGCUCUGCACACGGUCUACCUGGAUCUGAGCGCAACAGGUCAUGAAAUGGUGGUUUGUGAGGAGUUCUGGCAGGGGCAGGAGCUCAGUCGUCUAAUAUAUUCAUGUUUCUUCCUGCUCCUUUCUUAUUUCGUUCCUCUAGCAGCAGUUUCCAUAUCCUACUGUGCAAUCUCCUGCCACCUGCAACACCGAGCUACGCCUCGGCUCAUGGCCGCUACACCUUCCAACCAGGAAAAAUGGGGGCGCAAGAGGCAUAAGACGUUUCGACUCCUACUGGUGUCUGUUCUGUCAUUCGCGUUCUCCUGGCUUCCCUUGCAGGUGGUCAACCUUAUACGCGACCUGGACACCGACUUCGCCAUCCUGAGCAAGAAUCACGUCAAUGUGAUCCAGGUGUCAUGCCACUUGUUAGCCAUGAGCUCGGCUUGCUACAACCCCUUCAUUUAUGCUUCUCUGCACAACAAGUUUCUGUCAUAUCUAUGCCAGAACAUAUUUCAAAGAAGAAAACCUCAUCGUACUCAGAGCAGCCUCACAACCUCCAGCCGAAUACUUCGCUUGAAUACUUCUAGUACUCUAGCUGACAUUCCCAUGACCAUUAGCAAGAUUUCACAAGACUGA